CUUGACAAAAAUAAAAAUAUACCCACCCCCAAUUGUUUCCAGUCUAUCAUUCUCUUUUUUUUUUUUCUUUCUUAUUCCUUUCCUUUCUUUUUUUAUAUAUAUUAUAUACAAUGGAAACUGAUAGACGGAAACAAGAUACUCAAACUCAUACUUUCGACUAUAUUACUAGAGAAGAAACUAUGACUGAUACCCCGACUCAAGAUGAUACCUUUACUCCUCCUUCUCCUUUACCAACUACAACAACAACACCUAUUACUACGACUACUACAAUGACUACAACCGCCACUUUACAAAAUUAUCAUUUAACCUUGACAAAAUCAUUUGAUCAACAACAACAGCAACAAGAUGAUGCUAUUGAUGACAUUUUUGAAACAAAAUCAACUUUAUUAAUGGAACAAAUGGCGUCGUUACAUGGUCAGCUGGGACAUAUGUUACCGACUCGAUCUUAUUACAGUGGUUCUGCUGUACCUCCAUCCACACUUUCGGACGUCGGCAGUCAUCCUUCCGUGGUAUCAUCGUCUUGUUCUUCAUCCUUGUCUUCUUGUUCUCUUCAACAUCAGCAACAUACUACAACCACAACAACAACAACUACCAAUACUACUACUCCUUCUAGUUUGACAGGUGGCGAAUGGGAAGAUGGUUGUUCAUCUUCUGCUUCUCAAAGUGACAUUAUUUUAUUACAUCCUUUACAAGCUGCUCAAGAAGAUAUGGCUUUAUAUGAAUCCAAUUUAGCUACUAUGCGAACACAAAUGAAUCUCAUCAAGGAUGGUAUGCAAUGGAUUCAAGAAAAUUAUACCAAUUACUGCUCUAUUCCCUCUUCUGAUGAUUGUACAGAUACUACUACUGCUACUACUACUACUACUAAUGAUUUGACUCUUUCUUCUACUAUUGGUGGUAAUGGUGUACUCAAUGUUUCACAACAACGACAAUUGGCACGAUUAUCACAAAUGGAUCAAGCUUAUGGCACUUUACAGUUUCGAAUGGCUCAAGCAGAAGAUCAAUACAAAGCAUUUCGUCAAGGUUUUGAUUUCAGUCAAGCAUGUCAUGCUGUCCGUAUUGCCCUGGACUCUGUACAAGCCAACAUGAUGCAGCAACGAACAAUGAUGACAGCCAAUCACCAUCAAGAGCUUGUACAAGCAUGGGAAGAAAGCAUUACUAACACCACGAAGCAAUUGGCAUCCUUACGACAAGAUUAUCAAGAUUAUUUUAUGUCAUCCUCAACAUCAUCAUCUCCUCUACUAUUACAACAACAACAACAAGAAGAAGAUACUGGAUUGGAAGAUAAUCAUGAAGAACUCAAAGAUGGUCAACAAUUACAACAACAACAACAGCAACAACGUCGAUUAUAUCAACAACGAUGGGAAAAGAUGAAUGAAAAGAAUGAAUUAGUACGAACUUGGGUAGAAGAAGUACGAGUGUGGUUUGCGGAAGCCGAACGUAUACGACAAUGGAUUGAUGAACGACGUGAUCAACUUGAAGAAACAACUCUACCUGAUCCUUUGGCGCCUCAUUUAUCACAAUAUGAUAAUGAUGAUGAUAUUUCUGGUUUGGAAAAAGUCAAACAAUGGCAAGAACAACAUCAAUUAUUGGAAAAUGACAUGGAAACUUUUGACAAACAAGAUAUGGCUCGAUUGCGAUCUCACGUGAAAGCAUUGACUGGAGGCAAAGAUUUAAGUCCAGCUGAUACUACUACCAUUGAAAUCACUCUGACAACAUUGACCACAUUGGACAAGAUCAUGCAUACUCUACGUGAAAAAAGUCAUAGAUUACAUCUUCUUACCCAGCGUGCUCUUUGGGAAGCUGAAUUUGCAAAAACUAUGGAAUGGCUUCAUGAUACUGAAAAUCAAGUCGAUACCUUUUUGGGUCAAGCAAGAUGGACAGAUCAAUCUGAUAUGGAUAAAAGUGUUUUGAUUGACGGUUUAUUGGCGUUGGAACACAAAAUGUCAGAUUUUGAUAAAGGUGGUUUCACUACUACAAUCAACUUAUUUCAAGAUUUUGAUGAUGCUGCUGAAGAAGAUUUACCUGCUCAUUUGGAACAACGGCAAUCAAAUUGUGAACAAUUUUUUGAAGACCUUUACAAACGGAUGGUUUUUGUACGCUCGGUGGUGGAACAACGUCUCGCAUUGAUGGAUUUUAUGGAUAUGGUACAGCAUGUUCAUGCCGAUGCACAUCAAUUACAAUUGGAUUUACAGCAAACUUGUUCUUUCAGUGAACAUGUUAUGACCACUGACGAUAAUGAUCUUGAUGAAGUUAUGUGGGCUGAUCGUGUCCAAGCAAUGCAAGAAAGAAUCAUUCCUCUGGCCUCUUCUCAACGAAUUCCUUAUCCUGCGGCAACAUUGACUGUAGAUCAACAAGACAAUGAACAUGCUAAUCAAGUGAUUCGACAACAUGUGAGUCAUUAUCGAACCCAAUUAGUGUUACUUGGUGAAGCAGUGGAUGGACAUUAUCAAGCCAUGAAACAACGUUGGCAAUUACAACGACGAACAAAAACAUUAGCAGCUGAAGCAGAACAGUGGACAUUAUGGGCAGAUGAACGAUCAAGUUUGAUCCAACAAAACCAGCAACAGCUACUUCUCCAAGGUCAAUCAUUGGGUCUAGAUCAAGUUGCUCAUUGGGAACGAAUGUUGGCUACAACAAAGACGAAAUUGGAGGGCAAGGAAAUACAAGCCAAUGAGGUUUUACUCAAGGCCAAACAAGUGACUGGUACUCUACAGGAAUUGAUUCCAGAUACGAUUAUCACUGAAUCUGAAGAAAUCAAGACAUUGAAUGGGGCUAUACAAGAAAUGAACUCGGCUUAUGAAACGUUGCGACAAAAUAUGAACAAUCAUGAACAAUCAUUACAACAAUGGCGCACCAAAUUAGAACAAGGUCACAACGUUGUAGAUAUGUUGAAUGAACUCGUCCAGUUUAUUCGUAAUUUACGUGUGUCACUACCAGGGAUUAAACAUCAAUGUGGUUUCAUGACCGGUCAAUCACAGCAACAAGAUCAAGAAAGGUUUGAUACUCUGACAAAGACAUGGAUCAAGAUGAAGCAAGACGUAGAGGACAGACAAUCUUUAUUUGAUCGACUUCAGUUGGAUGAUAGUUUGAAAAAAGAUGAAUUGAUACUUGAAUGGAACUCACUGAUGAAAGACAUGGACCAAUUAGCUGAUUUCAACGAUACUGUACAACAAUGGUUUGAUCGGCAACGAAGACUUAGUUUAGUGGAACAAGCUUUGGCUCAUGCAACAAACAAUGAAGAAAAAGAAGAUGAUGAUGAUGGUCUUGAACGGAUGAUUCAAUCAGUACAGGAACAACAAGAAGUACUCAAGGUGAUUGGACAAGAUAUUAUACAAGCAGCUGAUACUAGGGAUCCUCUCCAAACCGCCAACUAUUCAUGUGCAAGGGAUCGACAUCAAAGUUUGGUAGCUCGUGCUCAACAACUGAUGAUGGAUGCACAAAUCAAGCAACAACAAAAACGGCAUCUCUUGGCAUGUCAACAGCAUCAACAGAAACUGGAUGAAUUGGUGGCAACAAUCAUGACAAGCGAGAAAAAUAUCAAGGAACGCGUAGCACAAUAUUGGUGUCAGGGAUGGGAUCUUGUGAUCAAUCAACAAGUGGAUGCAUUGGCGACCCUGGUGUGUACUACCAAUCAAAACAUCAUGGAUGUACAAACACAAAAAGAUCAUUUUCAUCGGCGGUGGGAACAUUUGCAACACCUGACUCCAACAAAGUUAUCAGAUGAUAGCAACGAACAUCCAUUUUUUUCUUCUUCUUCGGUUGAAAAAGCACUACAACAACUGGAUCAAGCUAUUGGAACGGAAAAACGUCAACUAGUCUUACAACGACAUCUUCAUAUACAUGCAAAGGCGGCACAAGAUCUACAAAAUUGGCUUUCUCAAUGCAGUACGGCACUUGGGCAAUUAACUUUGGAUAUCGGGGUGGCAGAUGAAUCUGACAUGAGAGCUUCCAUUGGACGUUUCGAGGCAAAAUUGGACGGCAUGCAAUCCACCAUGACUGAGUUUGGACGUAUACAUGACAAGGUGAUGAUGAUGAUGUUUGAAAACAACGACAACGACGAUGAUCGAAAAAGCAAAGUGCAAAUUAUUUACGACAAAUUACAAGAUGAUUAUCACCAAUUGGGAAAACAACUUGAGGAUAUCUCCUUGGCGACGGAUCGACACCGACAACAUGUGAAUAUUGCAAGGAAAAUGAAGGAUCUUUUAUAUAUGAUUGGUGGUUAUCGUGUUAGGGUGGAACGUAUCCGUAUUCAAUCUGAUGCAACUCAGCACAAUGAUGAUGGAGGGGAUGAUGGAGAUGAUAUAUUAUCUUCUUGGUUAUUAGAAUGUCCACUGACCAUGAUUCCUACAGAACAAGCGAUUGAAGCUACGAAUACUGAACUGGAUCGACUGGAACAAGAAAUUCAACUUCAUUUACCGAGCGCUUUGGGUGACUUGGAUGAACUAUUAUUGGAACACGCUGAUGAUAUGUUUACUGAUCAAAGAAAUGAAAUUACCCAGGCGAUAGCUGGACUGACGCAAGGGAUACAAAACAAGCAUUAUUGGUUGGCCGAGGCGAGAAAACUGGAAACUAUUUUGACGGUAUUGGAUGAAUGGGAAGUUUUAUUAUCUGCUUUAGCCGAAGUAGUGGAUCGUGCAUCUCUUCCAAUGGAAAUUUCUACUACUACUACUACUACUACUACGACUACUAGUAGAAAUACGCAACAACGACAACAACAACAACAAAAACGACGUGCGGAUUUACAGGCCAUGUUGAUUGAUUUGGAUACACGAUAUCGAUAUUAUGAACCGAAUAUUCAGGCUUUGGUGAAGGAAGCUCAACUUGUGAUGAUGCAAGGUGAACAAAAGCAAGAUGCAAGAUUAUUGGCUUAUCAUGAUCAAUUAACAGAACAAUGGCGACAAUUACAACAAUUAGCGGAAGCAAAACGACAAGCAUUAUUGGCGAACAUUGGUCCUUUGGCAGAUCCUUUGGUAUUAUCUUCAUUACAUGAUGCUCUUCCUGGUGGACAUCAAAGACGACCUAUGACCACUAUGUCUUCCAUCACUACAACAAGACCUUUAUCAGUGGCAACGGAUCGAUCUACGAAUGGUAUAACUCGAAAAUCAUCUUAUCAAAAACUAGUGACUCGAAAACCUUCUAUGCGUGCUACUACUCCAUCCUCUUUGACUGCCACCGCUGUUAUCCCACCUCGUUUAAUGACAGCAGAAAGAGCAAAGAAAAGAUCCUCAUGGCGUGAACAACAACAACAACGAGCUGUAGAUAUUGGUUCAUCCUCUAUGGCAAGAAGAUCCAUGUCACCAUUGGAUGCCUAUGUACCAGAUCCCAAGAAUGAUUUAGAUGUAGCUGUAGGAAAUAUUGUCAAUGAUUCUCCUUUUGCUGUCAAAGUAAAAAUGGUACCUGGGGAAGUGGGUCGUUAUUGGUUUGGAAAGAAGAAUCCAAAAUUAGCUUAUUGUCGUAUUCUACGUAGUAGAAUGGUUAUGGUUCGUGUUGGAGGAGGUUGGGUAGAAUUAUCACAAUUUUUAAGAGAUCAUGCUUUAUUAGAAGAAGGCAAAUUUAUGUCGACAAUGGAACGUAUGGCCAACAACGAUACUGAUACGAUGAUUGACAAAAAAAAGAAACGAUACUCACAACCACUGGCAACAGAUUUCAAUACGACUGAAAAGGUGACUAAUGAUGACAAGAGAACUUUACGACAUUCAAAAUCAACUCCUUUCCAACCAUCUUCCUAUUAUUGUUAUUCCAUUCGUGGUCAGUCACCUAUCUCACCUGGUAUCAAGGAAGGUAAUAAAUUUUUAGUGACGGAUGAUGAUGGCAAACAAGUUCAAGUGACAAUGACCAAAGCCAAAAGCAAACGAACAUCAUCGAAUUUUAGAACUCCUUGGCGAUGAUAUAUUUUUUUUUGAUGUUUUAUUAGUUUAUACAGUUCUUUUUUUUUUUUUUUUUU